AUGGACGAUACGACUAUCUACCUGAGUGGUGAUUGCCGUGUAUCGUUCUUCAACAUCUCUUCUCAAGGAUUGUUCGAGAACCUAAAUUCGCCUGAUGUGAUUUUCGAGUACUCGUUGCCUCUCUUGGAGAUGCAAAUACUAGUUAUAUUCUUCGCCAUUGUCAUGUCUCACAUGUUCCUCAGACGCUUAGGCAUAUCCCCGAUCGCUUCCUAUAUGAUGGCUGGAAUAGUUCUAGGGCCUCAGCUAUUCAAUGUACUAGAGAGAUCUUCAAGAAAAUUAUCUGUGGAUCCUGCCUUGGAUGGAUCCGCGAUGUUAAGAAGCAUCUCGGUGUUUGGAACCAUAAUGUUUACGUUUUUGAUGACCGUUAGAACCAGCCGACGAGUGGCCUUCCAUAGCGGGAAAUUGCCCGUCGUGAUCGGGAUUGUAUCCUUCUUUGUUCCUUUGUUCGGUCUAGGUUUACAAAACCUUUUCUCUGAUAGCAUUGAUCCUCACUACAUGCCGCUAGAUAAAGCUUUGGGCGAGCGCACUGCGAUCAUCAUAACCCAAUCUGCUAUACUUUUACCUUCUACAACAUAUAUUUUACUAGAGCUCAAGAUACUCAACUCUGAGCUUGGCCGCCUUGCGUUGUCAGCAUCUAUCAUUAACGACAUCUUGGGGAUAUUUUCCAUGGUACUCGCUUCUCUUCAGGCGACCUACACGCAUGUUUCACAUCUAACAGCCUAUCGUGACUUUAUCGCGGUGAUCAUCUUCCUUCUCAUCGUCUUUCUUGUUUUUAAACCGGCCGUGCAAUGGAUCAUAGACCGCACACCUGAAGACAAGCCCGUGGAGAAUAUGUACGUUGACGUCGUGAUUAUAACCGCAUUGGCCUCUGCGGCUUAUUUUGUGUUCUUUAACAUGAAGUACAUCUUAGGACCGUUAAUGAUCGGUCUCAUCAUACCGGAAGGUCCGCCCUUAGGAUCUGCCCUAGAGGCCAAGUACGAGAAGCUCACAAUGAACGUGUUCUUACCAAUCUCAAUCACAGUCAGCGCGAUGAGAUGUGAUGGAAUAAGUAUCUAUAACCAGUUCAAUGACAUCUUCUUCAACAUCUUCUUAACAUUCCUAACACUUUUCUUGAAACUAGUCUCAUGCUUUGGACCUUCCUUGUACUACAAGCUACCUCUUAAUGAAUCAAUGGCUGUUUCUCUCAUCUUGAGCUACAAAAGUUUCCAUGAUUUUGUUCUCUAUGAAGCUGUUUUAGACGACAAGUAUAUAUCGCAAGCCACUUACGCCUUCUUGAUCAUUUUUUCGCUACUAAACGCUGGGAUUGUCCCUAUGGUGUUAAGGAGCAUGUACGACCCGAAACGAAAGUACGUUAAUUAUCAGAAGAGGGACAUAUUGCAUCUUGAACCUAACUCCGAUCUUCGAAUUCUAACUUGUUUGCAUAAACCUGAAAACGUCUCGGAGACCAUUGCAUUUCUCCAAUUGUUAUCUUCUCCAAACCUAGACUUUCCCAUGGCGGUCACAGUUCUUCACCUGGUGAAGCUCGCUGGUCAGAUCAACCCAAUCAUGGUACCACACAACAAGAACUUGAAACGGCUUAACCACAACUCAUACAUCCAUACGGCAAACCUUGCUUUCAGACAGUUCAUGCUAGAAAGCUUAGAGUCCGUAACCGUGACAACGUUCACCGCGUUUUCGCAUGAGAACUUGAUGCACGAAGAUAUUUGCACACUCGCACUUGACCAGUCUACAUCGAUGAUUGUUCUUCCCUCGGGGAGGAAAUGGACCAUGGAUGGGAUGUUUGAGUUUGACGACAAUGCCAUAAGAAAUUUAAACCAGUCAUUGCUAGACCGUGCACCUUGUUCUAUAGGCAUACUAGUGGACCGUGGACAGUUCUCACGGAAAAGCAUUGUAUCGAGUAAAAAAAAAUACAACAUUGAUGUUGGUGUGAUAUUCAUUGGUGGCAAAGAUGACCGAGAGGCACUAGCACUGGUGAAAAAGAUGAAACAUAACACGAGGGUCAGUGUAACCGUGACCCGACUUGUAUUUAAGCAAGAAGCAAAGCCAGAUUGGGAUUACAUUUUGGAUAAUGAAGGUUUAAAGGAUAUAAAGGUUCCAGAAGAAAACAAUGACAUUGUUUAUACAGAAAGGAUUGUGACCAGUGGUGCUGAGGUAGUCACCGUUGUCCGAUCGCUAGCGGAAGUGUACGAUCUUAUGGUGGUCGGGAGAGAUCAUGAUAUGACAUCAAAAGAAUUGUUAGGACUAAUGGAGUGGGUUGAACUACCAGAGUUAGGUGUCAUUGGGGAUUUGCUUGCAGCUAAAGAUCUCAACUCUAAUGUUUCGGUUUUAGUUGUUCAACAACAACAACAACAAGUGUGA